CCCCAGUCCGCCAUCCGUUCCCUCGCACCUGGCACCACAGCAAUCCCAUCCCCUUACCUCCCCUACCUUUACCCCCCUCAAUCCACCCGCCGCCUCGUACUCCCAAAGCUGACCUUAAAUUCACCUCCCCUUUUCCAACUCUUCCGCCUACCGAACAACAUCCAAAUUUUUGCCCAAACAACGUCUCUGCGUCCUUCGGCAACACCUCUCUCAGCCAAAUCAUCAUCGCUCCAUCGAUCCGGGAAUCGUCGAGCGUAUUUAAUAACUCUUCUUCUGUACCUUUUGCUUAAUCCGACACUUUUCGUCACCACCUAAUCUAUCACAAUGGAGGAAGAAGUUGCCGCCCUCGUCAUCGACAAUGGUUCGGGUAUGUGCAAGGCCGGUUUCGCCGGUGAUGACGCCCCCAGAGCUGUUUUCCCUUCCAUCGUCGGUCGUCCCCGUCAUCAUGGCAUCAUGAUCGGUAUGGGUCAGAAGGACUCGUAUGUCGGUGAUGAGGCUCAGUCCAAGCGUGGUAUCCUUACUCUCAGGUACCCCAUCGAGCACGGUGUCGUUACCAACUGGGACGACAUGGAGAAGAUUUGGCAUCACACCUUCUACAACGAGCUCCGUGUCGCCCCCGAGGAGCACCCCGUCCUUCUUACCGAGGCUCCCAUCAACCCCAAGUCCAACCGUGAGAAGAUGACACAGAUCGUUUUCGAGACUUUCAACGCCCCCGCCUUCUACGUCUCCAUCCAGGCCGUCCUUUCUCUCUACGCCUCCGGUCGUACCACCGGUAUCGUCCUCGACUCCGGUGACGGUGUCACUCACGUCGUCCCCAUCUACGAGGGUUUCGCCCUUCCCCACGCCAUUGCCCGUGUUGACAUGGCUGGCCGUGAUCUUACCGACUACCUCAUGAAGAUUCUCGCUGAGCGUGGUUACACCUUCUCCACCACCGCCGAGCGCGAAAUCGUUCGUGACAUCAAGGAGAAGCUCUGCUACGUCGCUCUCGACUUCGAGCAGGAGAUUCAGACCGCUGCCCAGAGCUCUUCUCUCGAGAAGUCCUACGAGCUUCCCGACGGUCAGGUCAUCACCAUCGGCAACGAGCGUUUCCGUGCCCCUGAGGCUCUCUUCCAGCCUUCCGUCCUUGGUCUCGAAUCUGGCGGUAUCCACGUCACCACUUUCAACUCCAUCAUGAAGUGCGAUGUCGACGUCAGGAAGGAUCUCUAUGGCAACAUUGUCAUGUCUGGUGGUACCACCAUGUACCCUGGUCUCUCCGACCGUAUGCAGAAGGAGAUCACUGCUCUUGCUCCUUCUUCCAUGAAGGUCAAGAUCAUUGCUCCUCCCGAGCGCAAGUACUCCGUCUGGAUCGGUGGUUCCAUUCUCGCCUCGCUCUCGACCUUCCAGCAGAUGUGGAUCUCCAAGCAGGAGUACGACGAGAGCGGUCCCUCGAUCGUGCACCGCAAGUGCUUCUAAAGUGGGUGCCCUUGAGAGGUGGUUGUUGCAGUUGGAAGCGGAGCGUCGUCGGCUUACACCAUGUAUGUAGUUCAAUAAAUGGACAAAUCCACGACUGUCACGAGCCAGCGCCAACUGGGGACAUAACACCCCUAUCUGCGUCAAGUAGCAUGUCUGCAUUGCGCGUGUAUUCUGCACAGGUCUCUCUUAUACAAAAAGUAGCGAGCGUGGUCAGAAGGGGGUUGGCGUCUCUUUUCUCUACUAGAAGACAUAAAUAAUGGCCUUUUUUUUUCUGUUUUCUGGGUGGGCGGCGACGGCUGCGAAUGCGUGGGAUAGGCGCGGUCAAGUAUGCGGGCUUCUUGAUCUUGCCAAC